AGAGGGAACGGGAAGGGGAAGGAUGCGAGGAAAAUGCGAGGACCGUCUCCGAUUACUGUGGAGGGGAAAAUCAUAGUGACGAAACAAUCUUCUUUGUGGUUUCACUAAAGAACCAGUGCUGUGCUGUGGGGGUGUGCAAUACAUCAAAGCGCCACCUUAAUAUACCGUAACGCAUCUCUCGCGCUCGCUCCAUCAUCAACCAGUGCGACUCUCACUCACUCUCUCUCUCUCUCUCUCUCUUACACACACACACACACACACACACGCACGCAAACGCGUUGCUCGCGGCUCUGCCUAGCUGUAGAGUGUGUGUAUAUCGAUGCUAGUCCGCACGGUCCUCCCUACCUGCGCUUCAUUUCACCGCAAGCAUCUGGAAAACAUCACCGUCGAGGUGCGAGAGCAGGGGCUUAAAGGCAGUUUUACAAAAGAAAGCGGGAUCCAAGCGAAACGCGGGGAACAAGAACAAGGACUCUGAGGGCGGCGGAGGAGGGGAGAGAGGGCGGAUGUUAUUUUGGUUCGGAUAAUGCUUGUUCGUCACCGCCGCUGCUGUUGGAGAACUGGACCAGUUGCGGAUGGGUUGAGACACACCCCGUGGAGGUCCCGACACCGGGCCCCCGGGCUGUGUGCAUUCUGGGCUGGUCUGCGGUGCUAACGAGGGUGAUCCGGACAGACCGGGGGGGCCAAGAGAGAGAAUGCAGGGGGUGACGGUGACCGGAGAGGCGCCAACUCUGAGCGGGGGCGGGAGGGAAGAGCAGCGGCCCCUGAAGCAGUCUCUGAGUGGCUCCCUCUGCAGGGACUCGCACUGGAAGUGCCUGCUGCUGACCCUGCUGAUGCUGGGCUGCUUCGCCACGCUGGCCUGGUGCUCCCUCUGCCGCAUCACCGUCAUGGCCUCCGACGACCACGGCCCCGCCCUGUACUACGGCGACCGCGCCCGGCUCUACCACGACAGCCCCUGCUCCAGCGGCUACGUCUACAUCCCGCUGGCAUUCCUGGCCAUGCUCUACGUGGUCUACCUGGUGGAGUGCUGGCACUGCUACUCCAAGACGGCCUCGCUGGCGCGCGUGGAGAUCAGCGAGGUGUACGAGCGCGUGCAGCGCCUCCAGCAGGCCACGCCCUGCAUCUGGUGGAAGGCCAUCAGCUACCACUACGUGCGGCGGACGCGGCAGGUGACGCGCUACCGCAACGGCGACGCCUACACCACCACGCAGGUGUACCACGAACGCGUCAACACGCACGCGUCCAGCUCCGAGUUCGACUACACGCGGCACGGCGUCAAGGACGUCUCCAAGGAGCUGCUGGGCCUGCUGGAGCACCCGGCCACCCGUCUGCGCUUCACCAAGUGCUUCAGCUUUGCCAGCGCCCGCGCCGAGGCCGCCUACCUCACACAGCGCGCCCGCUUCUUCAGCGACAACGAGGGCCUGGACGACUACAUGGAGGCGCGGGAGGGCAUGCACCUGAAGAAUGUGGACUUCCGCGAGCACAUGCUGGCCUUCCCGGACCCCGCCCGGCCGCCCUGGUUCUCGCGCCGCCGUGUCUUCUGGUUGGCGUCCGCCCUGCUGCUGUCCUGGCCACUGCGCGUGGUGUCCGAGUACCGCACUGCCUACGUCCACUACCACGUGGAGAAGCUGUUCGGCGAGAGCGAGGACAGCGAGGACAACGACGGCGGCGAGGCGGCAGGGGGUUACCGGCCGGCGGAGAACGGCGGGCCGGGUCUCCGGCUCAUCUCGCGCGUCAACACGGUGGACAUGACGGAGCUUGAGUGGCACAUCCGCUGCAACCAGCAGAUGGUGCCCAGCUACUCGGAGGCCCUGUUGAUGGACGUGGGCUCGGCGGGGGUGUCUGCGCACGCCGCAGGGGGCAUGGGGGGCACCGUGGCGAGCACCGUGGCCGCCAUGGCGGGGGCGGCCGCCAUGCACAACUCAGGCUACUUCCUGCAGAGCUGCCCGCGUUGCCGCCGAUCCACCAGCAGCUCCUCGCUCCCCUGCCGGGUGCGGGGCAACGUGGCGAUGGGCGCCAGCGCCCUGCCCAGCGGGACAGUGGCCGGGGGCGGGGCCAGGCUGGCACCGAGCCGCAGCGGCUUCUCGCUGGGCCGCCUGCACACGGGGAGGCACGCCAGCCUCUUCCACUCCUGGAGCGUGGGUGGAGCCCUCGGUGGGAGGUGGGAUGAGGGGGGUGGCGGUGGGGGUGGGGGCGGGGGCGUUGGGGGGUUCCUGGGUUUGGGGUCUCGUCAGGACGAGGAGAGCAGGGGCGUGCUGGAGGGACAGGGGGAUGAGGAUGAUGAUGAUGAGGAAGAGGAAGGGAGGAGAGGGCCAGAGCAGGACCUUGAGGUGGGGCUGGGGGCGGACAGGGAUGGAGAGAGGGACAGACCUCCAGCCUACCAUGACGCACUCUUCUUCCCCGUGCUGAUCGUACAUGGGGAUGAGAGCUGUCAUGGAGAGGACGCCCCCAUGAGGCUGGGAGGAGUCAGUGCAGAGAGAGACGGAUGAGAACAGAGCGAAAGAAAGGGGGGAGGAAAGAGAGAGAGAGUGAGGUGGAAAAAAUAGAGAAGGAACCCAGAGAUCUGUGUGAGGAUGGAAAAGAAAGGUGAGAGGGAGGAGGCACAGGAAGUACAGGAAGUAACUGGUCUCCCUAAAAUGGGAGGAGAAGAGAGAAGCAGUGGAGUGGUUGUUCUCUGUGUGUCCUUCCCUCAUCAGGAAAAACUGAAAAAUGUCUCCCCACGCAAGAAAAACAAGCAAACAACGCAUAAGAAAGACUCUACACUUGCUCAUGAAGGUAGAAAAAUCAUUUGAAUCUGGGAGCCAGAGAUCUCUUAGCACUGGAACAGAGAGUAACCUAUAUUGCCUGGAGAACAGUGACACAGUUAAAAAUAAUCAUCUAAGCAGUUCACAGGCGCAGGACUGGAAUGUACUCUGCCUCUCUCCCAAUGGGAUCUGCUGUCUGUCCCAGCAGUCUGCUCUGGACAAAUCUCAGUCACGACUCACGAUUCUGAUUCUGAGUCACAGCAAAAGAUCAAGUCCAAUCUAUAAAAUAAAAAAGGAUGUGAUCUACCAGCAGCUCCUCAAGCUCAUGAUAUGCUGGAUUUCAUUUAGUCACAACUACAACAUAACAACUGAAGAACAUCAGCCUUUGAGUUCUAUGUGUCCUUCAUUAUAUAACCAUGUAGUUAAUAAGAUAGCAGACAUUUUGAAUUGAAGGAGGUGCAGUUAGGAUCCUCCAGGUCUGUAUCUCAGUGCUUAGUGCUGAGGAUGAUGGGCUUUACAGAGCGUGCUGGACCUCUCUGCUGCUGAUCGGACCGGACCUCCUUAAAAACGGCCUUUUCAAAUCGGAGAUCCACAUUGGGUCUCUCCUCCACCUCUCCCUUAUAUUCGAUCGGCAGGAAAUACAAGCAUUUAUGUCUCCCUCUAAGGCAACUUGGACAUUUGAUAUGAAAAUAUAUUUGAAACAAAUAAAAAUACCCAUGGUGCACUCUGCUCUGCAGGAAGGGAAAAUGGCGCCGGUCCCUUUCUGGAUUCUUGGUUGUGCGACGGACAGGGUUGGGUGUGAUUGUAUGAGAGAUGAACCGUCCUGGCCCUGCCUCCCUGAGACAGGACAGGAAUCUGUACAGAGGGGCAAGUCCCCUCUCCAGGGUGUCUGCUAAAAAGAGGAGGAGGGAAAAAAAGCCUGUUUGACUGUUUGGGAGAAGAGGGGGUUAAGGAAAGGAGGGGUGAACGAUGGCCCUCCCUGACUGUUUGGUCUGGCACAUCAGCUGUCACCACUUGCUCUUUCUGCUGAGCGAUCUCUCCAUCUUUCUGCUUUAGUUUCUCCUUUGCCUCACCAUCUUGUAGUCUUGUAUCUGGUUAUGUUUCUUCACUUGCUUUACUGCUGAAUGUUGCGUUAUGGGGAAAGGUUAUAAUCGUGUUCACCAAUAACGUACUGUACACAGGCAACAUGCACACACAAAUACAUCAAAUGCAUGCACACAGAUACAUAUACACAUAUAUGCAAUCUAGAACACACAUAUACACACGCAUACAAUCACACACAAACUCACAUAACCACACGUGCAAUCAAGUACACCAAAUAUGUACACACACACACACACACACACACACACACACACAAACAUGUGCACACUCAUACAAUGCAGAUGCCCAUUCACUCAUUUACACCUUAUUCAUAGAAGGACAAUGCUGUAUGAGUAAGUGAAUCAGAGACUCAGUUAGUGAAUCAGUUUAUGAUUAGUUAAUCAGUGCCUGUGGAAAUGAAUGGGACUUAGUCAGAGAUGCAGUCAGUUCUACUGCUGCUUCCUCCAGUUCCAGCCAAAAUAAGCAGGAAAUGGUCAAAAACCAGUCAAUAACAAACAUUAAACAUUCAGUAGGAUCUGAAUGGUCAAAACACCAUAUGAGAAAAACACCUCUCUGCUGAAUGCAUUCAGAUGUUGUUGGCACGACGUGUAUCAAUUGUGGAAUGUUCUCCUUUUGUAAGAGCAAUGGUGUUUUGGUGAGUGAGAGGGAGAUGGUUCUAGCUCUCAGAUGCAGUUCAGCAUCGUCGUAUAUACUUUUUUGAUCUCUGGCAUAUCUGUGGGUUGUUGUUAUUGUCAGAGUGGCUGCCUCUAUGGGAAUGUUACUUUCACAUGUGUGUCCAUUCUAGAGACACAGAGCCCCCCAUACAAAGCACAUUUACACGUUUAAUGCACAAUGUACACAAGCGAACACAUACAGUACACGCACACUCGCAUGCACGCACUUGGGCACAGUCGCAUGCGCGUGUGCACACACACAGCCACACACACACACACAUACGGGCACAUAUACAUACACACAAGUACCAGCACAUAUCCCAGCAAAGCUGAACAUAUCACGCACACAUUCUGACGUGAGCAGACAUAACAGUAGGCAAACACAUACACAAACACACCCACACACACAUCUACAAAAGCUCAACCUCAAGCAAAUAAGAGGGGCACACACACGUGUACAUGGACACAUGGUUGAGCACAAAUACACAGAGAAGCAAGCAGAGCAGGGAAGUCUGUGAAUGUGAUACUUAAAGUGUACAGACCUGUAAAUGCACUGAAUGAAUGUACUAGCACAGCACAGUGGUGCGUCUUAUGGUGAGUGUGUUAGGAGUGUGUGUGUGUGUGUGUGUGUGUGUGUGUGUGUGUGUCAGGGAGGGGGGGCAGGUUGGGUAAACUCAAGAAAGCUCAGCAACACGCUCAAAACUACACCAGUUACUGAAACAAUUA